AUGUCAACUGGAACAGACGUAAACGGUGAAGUGACAAAGGAACAGUUGAACACGAUGGAUUCGGAGGCCAUGCAGCCGCCGGACUCUGGUGAGAAAGACCAAGAGAAGAAAAUGCGAAAUGAAAACAACGCACAGUUUAUUGUACUUCUAAAGGAUAAAGAAUCACUGAAGAAACAAAUCGAGUCGAAAGACCAGGAACUGGAAGCCGCAAAAUGCAAUAUCUACGAUCUUUCAAAGAAAAUAGAAAAGCUAGAAGAAGAGUCGAAGAAAAAGACCCCUAGUGUACGACAGAAAGACACGGUAAAACAUCCGACAGCGAGACAGAAAAUACGAAAACAGACAUCCACAUCCACGGUUGCUGUUAAAGACACUGCUGUUACUGAGGCGCCCGCACCGGCAGAAAAGGAUACAUAUAAAUACUAUUCGGAGAUCGCAGAACAGUUUCCGAAUAUUAAACUAUCAACGGUGCUCUCAGCAGAAAAGAAGUUCAUCGAGGCUGAUACUGAUAGCAGUGGCUCAAUAGAUGCUGAUGAGCUGGAGAGUCUUCUUGACAAGAACGACCUGUUAUUCACUAAACAACAAAUACGAGACAUUCUGAAAGAAGUGGACAGAGAUAACUCCAAUGAUCUCGACUUCUUUGAGUGUCUCGCGGUUAUUGAAAAGUUACAGACUCGACGAAAAACCAACUUACCGCCAUCUAUACAGAAUGCCCAAUCCAGCAAGAGCGCCGUGUGUACACUUCAGUAA